CGUGACUGGCAGAAUAGGAAGAAGCAGCAGGACACCGGCGAGAUUUUUAUUUCUCCAGAAGAUUUACGUAAAGCCUUCAAAUUUCUGAAACCGGGCGUAGGAUGUCCCGCUCCCUGCAACGCUUAGUGGGCAGCUGUCGUCGCUGGGCACAACAGCCCGCAAUUCGUCAUUAUGCCGCUCCCGCAGAUUCCACUAAAGGCAAGGGUCCGAUCUCUUGGAGAAGUCUGGCCGUCAUUGGAGCCCUUGGAGCCGGCGGCGUGGGCUUUAUGCUGUACGUGAAGAGCGAAAAGGAUGAGGCGAGAAUGAAGGAGCGUCAGCGGCAAUUGGGAAAAGCAGCCAUCGGCGGCAGUUGGGAAUUAGUUGAUUCGCAGGGAGCUGUUCGCAAAUCGGAGGACUUCUUAGGCAAGUGGCUGCUCAUCUAUUUUGGCUUCACCCACUGCCCGGAUAUUUGUCCCGAUGAGCUAGAGAAGAUGGCAGCCGUGGUCGAUGAAGUUGAAAAGUCCCCGCAAACGCCAGCAGUGCAGCCCAUCUUUAUCACCGUUGACCCAGAACGUGACUCCAAAGAGGUGGUGGCCAAAUACGUGAAAGAGUUCUCCCCCAAACUGCUGGGACUUACGGGAACCGUCGAACAGAUCCGCAAAGUGUGCAAGGCCUUUAGGGUUUAUUUCAGCGCUGGACCGCGGGACGAGGACAACGAUUAUAUUGUGGAUCACACCAUCAUCAUGUACCUGGUCAACCCCGAUGGCGAGUUUGUUGAUUACUAUGGCCAAAAUCGGGACAAGGACCAGUGUGUUGCCUCCAUUUUGGUGAACAUAGCCAAGUGGAAUUCAAUGAACAAAAAGGGAUGGUUCAGCUAGGCUGGCUAAGCUGACAAAUGUUGUUUCGUUGUAUUUACUUAAUGAAUAUAUGGCAUAAAAUAUGGUAUUUACUUGAUGUAUAUCAAGUCUUAUAUCCAAAUUUCCGUUUAUAUUGACUAUACUUCAA